GCUUUAGAUGCAGAAAUUAAACUUUUAAAAGUUAGACAUUCCUACGAGUUAUCUAACAGAUCUCUUCCUCUUAACUAUUGUGGCUUUGAUUUUAUUGAUAGAAAUUUUGAAUUCGUGAUUCGUUAUAAAACUGACAGAGACAAUGAUCAUCAGGAAGAAUAUUUGACAAACUUCAAGAACGGAAUUGAAGCUCACUUACCGCCAAAUGUUUGGUGUAUAUAUGUUACAAAUAUCAACCCUGAACAAAUGGAAAGGUUACGACGAAUCUGUACUACAUUCAACACUACCUUGGACAGAAAAUUUUAUAUUCUUGAUCAAAGAACCAUUGAUGAUUCUCUUAUUUCAGAGAAUCGAAAACGUGUUCUUCGCAAAAUUUAUGAAAAUAGACAUUUUCUUCAAUAA